UUAAGUCUCUCAGCCCCGUUUUGCCCCGGAGUCUUUUCCUGUGGGGAGACUACGUGAGCACGUUUCGGCGUGAGACGGUGGUAUUCCGGUGUGUUAGAACAGCUUCCGGCGGGGUCUGGACGCUGAUGUCCUGCGUCUAACACCUUGUUGCACUCGAAGCUGAGCGAGCUCCGGAGGAGUGCGGAGGAAUUCACGUGUUUGCUGCGGUAACCUCAUCAGCCUGCCAAGAUGGCGAUGCAAGCGGCCAAGAGAGCGAACAUUCGACUUCCACCUGAAGUAAAUCGAAUUUUGUAUAUAAGAAAUUUGCCCUACAAAAUCACGGCUGAAGAAAUGUAUGAUAUAUUUGGGAAAUAUGGACCUAUUCGUCAAAUCAGAGUGGGGAACACACCUGAAACUAGAGGAACAGCUUAUGUGGUCUAUGAAGACAUCUUUGAUGCCAAGAAUGCGUGUGAUCACCUGUCAGGAUUCAAUGUUUGCAACAGAUACCUCGUGGUUUUGUACUAUAAUGCCAACAGGGCAUUUCAGAAGAUGGACACAAAGAAGAAGGAAGAACAGUUGAAGCUUCUCAAGGAGAAAUAUGGCAUCAACACAGAUCCACCAAAGUAAACGUUUUCUGCAUUUUCAUUUGGACUGUUUGAAACCCAUGAAUGACCCUUUUUUUUUUAACUAAUAGUGAAUGUUGUGAUUUCUUAUUUGAGAUUCAAAAAGACCUCCUUGAAACUUUGAUAUAUUUUAGAAUAUAUUAUGUUAAUAAACUUGUAACUUUUUGUAAAACA